AUGAUCAGUGCGUCCGACAGGCUUCACCUCCUGCUCCACCUGCUCCACCUGCUGGCCCCGGGGCUCCUGCAGGAGGUGGACGAGGAGCCGCUGGAGGUGAUCACCGACAGCUCCCCCUGCAGCGCCACCUGUGGGCUGGGCGUCAGGACGCAGACCCUGUGCCGGCUGCGGGACAGCGAGGCCGCUGUGGAGGAACGGAAGGGCAGCGACGGCGGAGCCGAGGUGUCGGAGGCAUGUCGUGUCCGGACCGUGAGGUGUCUGGAGUCCUGGCAGUGUGGACUCAGGACCAGGACCGUCGCCGCCGGACAGACGCUGGAGCUGGACUGUCUGGGAGAAGUGAUGGAGGCGAUGGGGAGGUUCUCCUGGAGGGUGUCGUGGCGUUACGCUCGAGGCGUCGUCAGCUCGGACGAUUCUCUGUUCGCCGGCCUGGAGGCUCCCCGGCUGGACCGGCUGGUCCUGGACCCAGUCCGGGAGGACGACGCAGGGACGUAUCGCUGCGACGUCCAGGACGCCGCCUUCCGCCGGGUGAAGCGGGUUUACUGGGGGGUCCGGGUUCUGCCCGCCGGGGUCCUGGACCUGGACUACGACCGCUCUCUGUCCCGGUGGAACCAGGCGCCGCGCCGGCAGACCCAGACGGCGCCGCGCCUGAACUUCCUUUACAUGAUGCUGGUCAGCCUGGCCUCGUCUCUCCUCCUCACUGGACUGGUUCUCCUGGCUCUGGAGGUGAGGAGGAGGAGGAGGAGGAAGGUCUGCUGCAGGAACGCCUCCGCCCCGCCGUAG